AUGGGAAAAAGAAGUUCGCAUCAUUAUUCUCUUAAAGGUAUAGACACCAGUGGAACAGAGCUGAUUAAAGCCAAAGCAUCUAACAUUCCGGUGAAAUUUAAAAAUCUUGUAGAAGUAGCCGGUGCCAUUCGAAAAAUGACUUUACCAAGGGCCGAUGCUUAUUUGAAAAACGUUGUCAAACGUGAAGAAUGUGUUCCAUUCAAACAUUUCAAGAGAGGUAUCGGAAAAUGUGCUCAAGCUAAGCAGUUCAAUACCGUAAUUGGUCGUUGGCCAAUAAAAGCGAUCCAAUGUGUGAGGGAUUUGUUAAGAAAUGCGACUGCAAAUUGUGAAUACUUCGGGAAGGAUCCAUCGGAAUUUUACAUUUAUCAUGUGCAAGUAAAUCCAGCUCCGGUCUCUACAAGAAGAACUUACAGGGCUCAUGGAAGAAUUACUCCUUAUAUACGUUACAAUAGUCAUGUUCAGCUGAUUCUUAAAGAACAAGAACAAAAAUGA